UGUUGACAACCACUUACUUCAGGUCACAAGACAUGAUAGAAAGGAACUUAUACGACCAGAAAAUGCCUGGAUGACAUGGCAUAUAGAGGAUUCUCAAUUCGGACAUUUGUUCGACCAUUGUCCGUGGGCCUUGGACCAGGCGUUUCACAACUACACAUUUAUUGUUGGUCCCAUCAAUAACCAUGAUCCAAAAGUGAAUGAGUCAAUCACAUCGAUUGAGGUUAAACUCCCAAUAUAUGAGAAACAGUAUAUUUCCACCAUUGAUGCAACUGAUACUGACAAUGAUGGUAUCAGGUUUAUCUUAAUUGAAAAUUCUGACUAUUUCCAAAUUGAUAGCAGCAGUGGUGUUAUCACAGCAGUUCAAAAUAUUGAAUCAUUGAUUGGCAAAGAAACUAUCCACGUUGGUGUUGAAGAUGAUGGAAUUCCAUCAAGGAAAAGUAUUAGUGUAAUUGAUGUAAUAUUUGAAACUGCUGAUAUAACAACAAAAGCAAUGACAUCUCAUCACACGGCUGAAACUAAAAAUGCAACAGUCCAUCUAGAACUAACUACAGCGACACCUGCUUCUAGUACAACCACAAGGGCAACAACAUUCAAUUACACAGUUGAAACCACAGUUGGGAUAACCCAUACGGAACGUACUACUUUCACAUAUGCGACUAAGAGCACCACAAAUGCAGCAACAACCAGUCACACAGACAACACCACAGAUGGAAUAAUCCAUACAGAAAGUACUCCAAUGAUAUCUACUACUAAUAGAACUGCAAAUGCAACCACACUUGACCAUACAAUCGAAACCACAGAUGGGAUAUCCCAUACAGAACAAACUACAACUGACAUCUACAGCAAUGUUACACACUCAGCAACUACGGUUCUUGGGUCCACCUUUGAAGAAAAUUAUUCAACAACACCUGACACAACGAUAUCCAUGAAGCCUACAGUGACUUCUGGAUCAUCAACUCCUUCCAAAAAUUCUGGGUUGCUUUCUUUGUUGUUGACGUUGAAUAUGUUGUGGAAGGCCGUGUUCAGUAAUGUCAAUGCUCCUGAAACAAGCAGUUUGACCGAUUUAAUAUUGCGACUAUUAUACGAUGCAUUCCAAGGAGUGCCAAAU